AUGAGUCAAAAACUGAAUGAAGCAAACCUAGCGCUUCCUGUGGGACAGCAGUGGAAGCUUACAGUGUUCAUUGCAGAGCAUGGACAAGAACUCACCACUGGAUAUUGUUGCCUUUCAGCAUCUGAGAAGGAGAAACUUCAUCGCAAAGUUCAUAAUUUACGCGAGAAUUGUGUCAAGAUUGUGCAUUCAAAUCCAAAAGCACUACAAAAACAAGUGAAUGUGAUGUUCAACAACAUGGAAAAAGAAUGGGAGAAUAUCACUUCUCGAACAGGUGUCAAAGGCUUCUACAUUGCUGUUCAUGGUGAUGUUGAACAUUUUCAUGAAUCAAAAAUAUUCUACACACCCAAAGCCCAAUCCUUCAUCAAGGAGAUCUCACAUCUGGACCCGAAGUGUUUUGCACUCAAGUUUGAGUCAUGGGUGACUGGUGAUUUUGAUACUCAUGCUGAUGUAACACAUUGUUUGCCUUCUACCAAGUUGAUUAGUCUGUGUUGCACUAACAUCCAGGAGGGACUCAAUGCCAUCAUGAAAAAAUACAACCUGUCAAAGAAGAAGGUCAAAAUGAACUAUGACAACUAUGAGCAGAAAGUCAUUGAGAUGCAUGGCAUCGCGCUUGAAGGCUGGACGUGUGGGAAGGUUCGAAAUCCCAGCAAGAUUGGCCACCGCAAAGACUUGGUGAUGCUGCUCGAUGCACUGGUUAAUGAGUGUUGCUUGUGGAUUCAACUCACCAAAGAGCAAGUGGAGAAUCAUAUAGCUACUAACCAUGAACGAGUGAAGAACGGCGAAUCCAUUUACAAGCCACACAAAGCUAUGAAAAGAAAGGUAACUGGUGGCGCCAAAAGUGUAGAUAUAAUUGGGGAUACUGACAGCUCAGAGGAUGAGGUGGUGGAUGAGGAUGAUGAGGCGCAAGGCACAGAGGGAGCGGUCGUUGUGGGUUAG